CCCCUUACUAUAAGAGCCGAGGUACCAUAAUAUACCCUAGCUCGCCAGGAGGCGGCGGCAUACAGCAACAUUGCCUCAUCGCCAUCUGUUUCCAUCUGUACGGAGUCACAGUUGUUGGUUCCAUUGCGCGCCUGGGCUCAUGACCAUUGCCUCAUCGCCAUCUGUUUCCAUCUGUACGGGGAUACAGUUGUUGGUUCCAUUGCGCGCCUGGCCUCAUGACCAUUGCCUCAUCGCCAUCUGUUUCCAUCUGUACGGGGAUACAGUUGUUGGUUCCAUUGCGCGCCUGGGCUCAUGACCAUUGCCUCAUCGCCAUCUGUUUCCAUCUGUACGGGGAUACAGUUGUUGGUUCCAUUGCGCGCCUGGGCUCAUGACCAUUGCCUCAUCGCCAUCUGUUUCCAUCUGUAUGGGGAUACAGUUGUUGGUUCCAUUGCGCGCCUGGGCUCAUGACCAUUGCCUCAUCGCCAUCUGUUUCCAUCUGUACGGGGAUACAGUUGUUGGUUCCAUUGCGCGCCUGGGCUCAUGACCAUUGCCUCAUCGCCAUCUGUUUCCAUCUGUACGGAGUCACAGUUGUUGGUUCCAUUGCGCGCCUGAGCUUUAUCUGGAAUGCUCCAGUUUGCUCCCACUCGCAUAGACAAUCGUUUGCUGAAGGCAUCGUACAUUGAACAACGACACAAAGCCAGUGCAAGGACUGGAGGUGACUUUUCUGGCUAAGCAAGCAAAGUAAUAUGGGUCCUAGUUCGAUCCAAAACCAUGACGCUCAUACUCUCAAAACGAGGCGAAUGGGUAUUUUUUUUUGUCUGACGUCUCGUGGCAGCAAAGGUGUGUUGUGCCUUUUAAUGUUGGCUAUUUAAAUGUGGCCACGCGGUGGCUGGGCGCGCAGUCGCUUCGGGGAUUUCCAGCGCAUCGUCCGUCGUUGUUUAGCAUUGCGCGCAGUCGAAGGGCGCUCUUUUUUUUCCUCCCAUUCGCGAAGCUUCGAACUAACACGUCAAGUAUACAAAGUGUGUCGAGGGUUUUUAUAAACGUAGACGAGGUUCUUUUGUUUGGAUGAACUCGUUGAGUUUCGGCUUCCUUUGCGUGGAGACGCGACCGGGCCACCAUUUCCAGAUGGCAGGGGUUGUAUUGUGCCUCCUGGCCAUUAUAUGGCACAGCGAUGUCUUCCAAGCUCUUCCCCUCGGUCAUCUUGACGACAGACAUCAGCCAGUCAGGAGUAACUACUACAUGUGGUAUGACAACCUCACCGGCCGCCCCAUACCUUGCUGGAGCUGCACGGCUGGGGCGUAUGUGACCUUGCAUUGCAAGGAAGGGGCGCCUGAGAGCACAGAGUGUGCCGCCUGCCCCGAAGGAACCUACACGGACAUGCCUAAUGGCCUGGAGAGCUGCCUCUUGUGCGCGACGUGCCACAACUUCAACCACCACUACAUGGAGGCCCCCUGCAAACCGUACAGCAAUACAUUGUGCCGUUGUCAGGGGCGCAUGUAUAAGGACGGAGACGUCUGUGUCCAUUGUGACUCUGGCUACGAAAGGAGAGAAUCCGUGGAUGGUGAACACUGCCGUAAGUGUCCUACGGGAUCCUUCUCCUUCCCGUCUCGGGGCCAGGACACCUGCCAAUCACACACCAACUGCAGUGCCUUGGGACAGACCUUGGAGAGUGCUGGCACGCAUUAUUCUGAUGCCACCUGUGCACCUGUGCCUACAACUGCACCACCUGUCAACACGCCGCCCAAGGAUAUGGGCACUACCAGUGGACCCCACUCGCGCGCAACUGACGUCGUAACCAUAUCCUCAGUCUUCCCAGCAAUCCAACAUUCUAGUUUGUCUGCAGAUGAGCCUACCAAGCCAUCGGAUACUGGUUACACAUCUCAAGUAAACGUCAUUAUCGCCCUUGUGACCGUCAUAUUAGUCAUUAUUCUGGCAUGUCUGGUGUUGCAUUAUUCCAAAAGCAUCCGCAGAAGAAUUGUGACUGCUACGCUAUCCAGAGAAGAAAAGGAUAUAUUUUUACAAUUAUCAGACCGUUUGGGCUUGCAAUGGCAGCGUUUGGCGCGAAGCCUCGGAUCCAUCACUGAAGUGGACAUUGAAACAAUAUCGACAAACCACAAGUCCCUUCCGGAAAAGACAUACAUGGUCCUCCUUAAAUGGAAGCAGAAUUCAGGAAAAAGUGCCACACUGAGAGAAUUGGCAAGAGCCCUAGACAGUAUGGACCGUAGAGACCUGGUUGAAUUAAUCUCAUCUAAAAUUCCAAAUGAGAUGUCCAUGGGUUCGAGAGCUGUGCUGCUUUAGAAAAACUUCAAUACUGGCUUGCCACUUGGAAUUAGUCUUGCUACAAACGUGGGGUGAUGUACCUCUGACAGCUAACACAAUGGAUUGCUGUCAUCAAACGAAUGUGUGGUUUGGAAUACCACAUGAUUCAGGAAUGUGGACAAACAAUAUGAGCCGUGAUCUACAAGCCACAGUUAAAUAUAGGUAUUCAUUUAAAGCUUUUGUGACUGCAGGGAGUCAUAUUCUUGGUUCUUUCGGUAAAAUAUAUUUUAUUGUUUCCCUUCUACGUGACUUUACCGGCAGAACCAAGAAUAUAGGUAUUCAUGUAAAUAGUAUGUGUGUGUCAAUGAUCAGCGUUGUUGCACACUCUGAUAUACGUUUGAUAAGUGGCUUAACACUAAAUCACCCAGCUCUGGGUGCUCUACCACGUGGUGUCAGCUACUUGUCGUAGGUUGGAAGGUAAGGAGCUAAGAAGUCAGUUUUGCUGGAGUGAAAACGUGACUGAAUGUUCGCAUGAAGCAGGCCGCCAGGGCUCUGGUUCGACCAUAAAUGACACUGCCUGAUGACUGGGCCAACAGUGGCCAACUGCCUGGUUUGUUGAAUCAGCACGGAGAGACCCCAACUGUAUACGGCUUCAUCGAUUGAGACUUCAAGUCGAGUUUUUCUCCUUGGCCAUGGGGUUUCCUUCCACUUGUACAGUAAAAAAAUGUCUGCCAAGUUCAUUGCUUGCUAAAAUAUUAUUUAAUACACACUAGACAGGAAGGACAAGAUCAAAGGGGUUGCAUAAUGAACAUGCUUAAUGUACGUUGACUCAGUAACCCCCCCCC